AUGUAUGCUUCUAAAUUUUCUUCGGGAAUCCUUCGCGGCAUGUUUUUUUACGCCAGAUGCCUGGGUCUAGUCGCUAUUCGAUUGCGGAAACCGAGGGAUAAAGUUAAUGGCAUGGAGAAAACUUGGUGUAUCCGUCGAGCGUGGUGGAAGUGGUUUCCGGUUAUCUGGCGACUUUUACCUGUCUGUGCAUAUGUUUAUACAUACGGUUCAUGGAUUUGGAGCAGAAAACGUACAAUUGAUAUAAUACUGAACACAAUUCGCCUGGUGCUCUCGAUUGUCUGCUAUCUGUCGAUGAUUUACGUAAGGAUUUGUCAUGGAUCAAAAGUGGCUAAAUUGAUCAGCCGAUAUUUGGCUAUCUUUAUGCGGAAAAACUGGAGACUUGGAGGCGGACGAGAGUUAUUCCUAAUCUUUCUUUCGUUAUGUUGCCAUGUUCAAGAGAUCAUGUUUUUGUGGGGAAUAUUAAAAUGGGUAUUCAGUGUAAAAAAUGUAUUCGGAUGGGCCACUUACACUUAUGUAGUUAUUGCCAGCAAUAUGAUUAUGCGUAUAAAUUUUAUUUGGUACCUUAGCUUGGGUGUUCUUUAUAGAAAUUUGAAUGAAAAUCUAAAUUUUCAGUCAAGAUCUCUAAGAUAUAAGUCCUUACGUUUUCGGAUAAAUAGAACCCAGCGACUGAAGAAAACUUUUUUGCUUUUCCGGGAGCUUUCCUAUGUAGUUCCCCUUCUGCAGGACGUUUUUAAUGUGCACCUAUUUUUGAACACAGUGCAGACAGUUCUACAUAUAGUGGUGAUUUCUUAUAAAAUGAUAAUCGACCUAAACUUUACUAAGUUUUGGUUAUGGCUCUUUUUUCUUAAAAAUAUGGUCGAUUUGCUUAUUCUUACUUUAGCUAUUCAAGAAGCAGUUAAUCAGUUUAGAUACAUUCGGGAACAUAUACUGGAUAUUUUCUUUGUCGGCAAGUCAAAAGAUUGGAUCAGAUCGGUGGAAAUGUUUGUCACCCAUCUGAACCUGAACGAGUUUAGGGUUCGGCUUUUGGGCCUGUUUGAUGUUUCGAACAAACUAUUUCUUGUGAUUGCGUCUGGAUUGGUUAUCUAUCUAGUUUUUAUCGUACAGUUUGUAAUGCAGAUUCGAGGGAAAUAG